UUGAUUCAACCAACUGACCCCGGCUUCGCCUUCAGAUUUCCAAACUGUGAGCAGAGGCAAGAAGCAACAGAACAUCGACUCCUCUUGCUCUUAGCGCGCGCCAGCAGGUUGUAGCUGCUGGCGUGCUUCUUUCCAUCAAUACUUGCAAGUUCCUGGUUGCAGUUAAUCCAUUGCAUAAAAUCAUAAGUAACUCAUGAGUCCUCAGAGCACGAUGAACUCCUGCAAAGUCCUAGAAGAGGUCCAUGGAGUGCAGCGGUUGCCCCAUUCUCCAUUUAUAGUGAAAGAGAUCCCUAAAGACAGGGACUUGCACCAACCUACGUCUGAAGGUUCAGCUUUUGGUUCUAACCAGAGACUAUUAAUGCAACGACUAUGGCAGCAAAGACCACCAUGCUUAAGGCCCAUUCGUUGUAAUCUUCAAGGUGAUCGGAGUGUCAUAGAAACAAUUGCUAAUGUGCUUACAUCACUUCCUUUUAUUGCCCUUGGAAUCCAGGCCCCAAGGAAAAAUUUGAAUUGCACACUGUAUGCUAAUUCAUUAAUUGGAGUUGGAGUUGCAUCAAGUUUAUACCACUCCUCAAGAGGAGAGCUGAGGAAGUACUUAAGAUGGGCAGAUUAUACAAUGAUCGCAGCAGCAACAGUUUGUCUUUCAAGGGCACUCAGGAAUGAGAACCCAAAAUUUCUCACAGCAGCAUCUGCUGUUUUUCUACCUAUCCAGCCCUUAAUAGUUUCAGCUGUACACACUGGUCUGAUGGAGGUAGCAUUUGCAAGAAGAGUACUAGAUGAACCUGACCUGAGAAUGGCCCACAAUGUGCAUAAGAUGUCAUCUCUUUUGGGAGGUGCUCUUUUUAUUGCUGAUGAUAUCUUCCCCAGAACUCCAUACCUUCAUGCUGCAUGGCAUCUAGCUGCAGCAGUAGGUGUUGGGACAUGUAAUAAACUUCUUGAAUGAUGUUUGAUGUAACCUCCAAAAUGCAUUAUAAUCUAACCCUGUAUGAGCCAUCACUAUCUCAAAUCAAUUCCAUAUCCUAUUCUUUCUCC